ACGCUUUACUCAUGUGUUUCUUAUUUCAAUCGGUGCAUUUCUUGGAGCAUUUGGGAUCAAUAAAUUUUGCCUUGAAGUGUUUCCCCCCUAAAAGUUUGGUCUUGCUUGGAAGAUGAACUGGGUUCUAUGGUUUCUGCUAUUAAUUUGACGAUUUGUUUUCUUGCUUAUGAGUGUGAUGAAUAUGUUCUCUCUCAGCGUCUCUGGAAUGUUUUUCCCAUCUGAUGUUUGGCAUUUUAAGCGUCAAGAUAUCUUAUUCUUUCUUCUUCUUUUUCUUAUUUGUUUGCAGUCAGGAUGGAACUCUGAAUUGGCAUGUUCUUGUUAAUUUGAUAAAGAGUUUCCUUUCUUCUUUACGUAAUCGCUUCAUGUUCUGUUUUCCCCAUUCGGUGACGCGAUCCUUGAAAUCCCCGUUCAUUUUCUUUCACGUUGAAAGAUUUGGGUGUAAAUUUAAAGGAUCUUGAUUGAUGCUGAAGUUUGCUGGUUAUCCUUCAUGAUCGUUGUCUUGAACUCAAGAACUGGGUAGAGUAAGAGAGCAGAGCCUUCAAGAUAUGCUGAGGGCAAUGAACAAGGUCCGUAAAGAUCAGAGCACAGGGCAGCUAUCAUCUGAUUCGUUUUCAGAUUCUCGGUUCUCCUCUAAUGGCCUGAUUCAGAAGGCCAGGAACACCUCCCUCUUCAGUGUUCCUGGACUCUUUAUGAACGCCAAUUCCAAAGGCUUAUCAGAUUGUGAAUCAGGCACGAGCCCUACUUCCCCUUUAGACUUCAAGAACUGCUCCAACCCUGGCAACUCUUUUCUUGGUUUCCCUAAAUCGACCAGCCUUGACUGGAAGCCCAAAUGCUGGGACUGUAACAAGGUAGGCCUGAGUCUGGUGGAUGUUCUGAGCGAUGACAACAAGUCUUCAGGGGAGUUCUUGGGACUGUCUGGGAGUGGGAACAUCUUGUUCGGUCCACAGAUGAGAACCAACAUCUCAUGCCCCAAAUCUCACACCAAUCCCUCUGGUGAAGCUCCCAAAUCUUUGCCGAAAGACUAUGGGAUUUAUUCACAGUUCCACAAUAAAUCAACUGAUCUCCGAAGGAACUCGAGGAUGACUCUUGAAUCCAAAGGAGCUGAAUCAGAAUCCAGAGAUUUUGGGUUGCUGAGAUCUUGCUCUGCAGAAAUAAGUGGAUCAUCCUCUCCACUGUCCAAUUCUCAAGUCUUUCCAUUAGAUUCAAAAAGUGCAAUGGGGAGCAUAAAUUUUGACAAAUAUGCUGAGUUCAUCCCUGCAUCGAUCGGCUCAUCUUCAAGAAUCAUCACGUCAAUUUCAGCCAGCGAAAUGGAGCGAUCCGAGGACUACACUUGCAUUAUAUCUCAUGGCCCAAACCCUAAAACAACUCACAUUUUUGGAGAUUGUAUAAUUGAAAGCCCCAGCUUUCCUCCAGAAAAUUAUAAGAAUAAGAACGGUAAAGACCAGGAAACUUAUGCCUGGCCUUUGAAGUCCUCUAAACAUUCUCUUCCUAGUUCCUCCAAUGACUUUCUCAGCCUCUGCUUGUACUGCAAUAAGAAGCUGGAAGAGGGGAAAGAUAUAUACAUGUAUAGGGGUGAUAGAGCUUUCUGCAGCAGUGACUGCCGUGACAGAGAAAUUUUGAACGACGAAGAGUCGGAGAAGGCUACUAUUGCUUCGUCUUCUCCUCCUGGCCCAUCCUUCUAUGAGGCAAUCUUUUUCGAGGACACAGCCAUGGCUCCACAUGCUAGUUGAUUUUCAAUUUUUCAACUUGCAUUCCGUUUCUGAUGCUGAGAUUGCUACGGUAAACACUAAACAGUCUGUGAUCAUUUGUCUAUCGAGAGCUGUCCGUGUGAAUCUUUAGCGGCCAUGGAUGAUCACCGUGUACAUUCAUGUGUUUGCUAAUUUGAUCUUAGCGUGCAUGCCGCUAUUGAGUCAUGAAAAAUCCUUGGCAAUUAAUUUCCCUCUGUCUGAAGAAGUCUCUGUUGCAAUAAUUUUGAUCAGAAAAGGUGUAAGCCGACGGUUCGAUGGCUCACCAUUUUUUUCAGCUUUUUUAUUAGCUGAAUUGAUGUACAACCAAUUCAGACCUCUAAUGAGUAUAUUUGAGCAAAACAUUGCUUGCUCAUGAACUGUCCCUUUAGAAUGUAAAGGCUUUUGCCAAUAUGUAUGCACUGUUGUCGACUUGCAUCACAGCCUCGAAGCUGCAUAUUAUUAUUGUCAAUA